AUGAAGCUCCCAGUAAUCGUCCUCGCAGCUCUUACAGCACCUCUAAUCCAGGCGGCCCCCACGCCAGCCUCUGAACUAACAACUCGCCAGACCAGACCGCGACAGCUCAUCCAGCCAGAACUCUGGCCCGUUCUUCAACGCUACACGCGGUUCGCUGUAGCUUCUCUUUCAACCUUUACCUAUAACCUAGGAAAAUGCCCUAGUCCACCUUUCCACUCCGUUCUCGUCCGAACAAUAGACUCAAUCAUCACUUCAACCCAAGUCGCCGUAUUCCAAGACAGCGCGGCAAAAGAACUGAUCGUGUCCUUUCCGGGCUCUGCCUCGCUCCAGGAUUUCAUUACCGACUUUGCUUAUUUCAUGAAGCCCUUGACCAGCGCCCCGGGCUGCACCGAUUGCCAGGUCCAUGGGGGUCUCCUCCGAGCCUGGAGCUCUGUGCGACCUGAUCUCAUAGCUGCGCUGGCGGACUUGAAUGCGAAAUUGCCGGGUUACAAGACAAUCAUCGUAGGCCACAGUCUCGGCGGUGGACUAGCCAGUCUUGCCUAUACGGAUCUCCGGGCUAAUAAUGUUCCCAUUGCAAAAGCAUACACCUUGGGAUCGCUGCGCGUGGGAAACCCAGCAUAUGCCGAUUUCACCGACCGCCUGGCUGGUGCGGACGACAACAACUUGGGCGAGUUGCUGCGUAUCACGCAUGGAAUUGACGGCGUGCCGAAUCUACCGUUUGAGCCCAUGGGAUUCCAGCAUACGCGCACAGAGAUUUACCAGGAAGAUACCACGCCUGUGGGUGGCACGCAGAGUCCUCAGACAACGUUUCGCUGUUUUGGUCAGGAGGCGGAGGAUUGUAUUAGGCGGAAAGCGGUGGGGUUCAUUAAUCAGGAUCAUCUGGUCUACACGGGGAUCUCCAUGUCGGGGCCAGAGCAGUGCAAUAGCCAGGACUGA